AUGACGACUGACUACGCUGAUGCCACCGACGAGUUCUUCAAUGAGCAUAGCCCCAAGACCUCCUCCCUUGUAGAGAGCGCGCCCAACAACGAGAAUAGCGAGCCGGAGACGAAGAAGCGCAAGACUGAGGAGGAGCCCGAGGCCGUCAAGAAGCCCAAGAUCCAGGAGAACCGCGCCAUUUUCGUCUCCAACCUUCCUCUAGAUACUACCAAAGAUGAGCUUGAGGAGACCUUCAAGAAGUAUGGCAUUCUCGAUAAGAGUACCGAGGGCCUCCCUCGUAUCAAGAUGUAUGAGGACGACGAGGGUAAGUUCAACGGCGAAGCCUUGAUUGUCUACUUCAGGAAGGACUCUAUCAAGCUUGCUAUUCAGAUGAUGGACGACUACUUCUUCCGCAUCGAGGACCAGUCCGCCGGCCGCAUCCGCGUCAAGGAAGCCGACAUGUCCUACAAGCGCAACAAGGAGGGCGAUGAGAUUGCCAAGAAACUUUCCCGUCAGGACAAGAAGGCCUCUGAGCGCAACCGUGCUGACCUCAACCGCAAGCUUGCAGAGUGGUCUGACAACGAAGAGGAAGUAGCUGAAAAGUAUGCGCCCAAGAAGAACAAGUGGGCCAAGGUCGUCGUACUCAAAUACACCUUCACGCUAGAAGAGCUGGCCGAAGACGCGGCCAACUACUUGGAAAUCAAGGACGACAUUCGCGAGGAGGCCGAACGCUUCGGCACCAUCACCAAUGUCACGCUCUACGACAAGGAGGCUGACGGCAUCUGCACCGUCCGCUUCCGCGAGUUUGAGGAUGCGGAGAAGUUUUGCAAGCAUGCCAAUGGUAAGCCGUUUGCCUAUAGGAAACUCGAGGCCUGGCUGGCCCAGGACAAGCCCAAGUUUAAGAAGAGUGCUCGUGAGGAGGAGCCGGAUUCGGAGUAG